AUGGUUCUGGAAUCAAAAUGGGCUGACGUCCCAGAUGUCCCCCCUAGUGGUCAACCUGACAAGAGCAGUCGGCGGAAGGCCAAACCAAAGACACCACGAAAGAAGGGCCCCAGAGAUAGGAAAAUUCCAGAGAAGGAGCAGAAUAGUCCCGCUCCCCGGUUGACAUUCAGCCUCAAGGAUAAGCCUGCGACUCCAACUGACCACAGCGAUAAGAACGAGCUGCUGAAGAAGAAGAUAGAGGAGCAGAGAAAAAUCUAUGAGAAAAACCAGCAUCAGAAGCAGCAGAAGCAGCUGCUGGAUGAGUUCUUGAACGGUGAUACCAAGCUGCAAUGGUCUGACGAAGAUGAAGAAGAUGAGAUCUUAGCAAAGCUAAACAAAUCACUAAAGAUAUAG